AUGAAUCAAGUCGAGGCAUUGAGAGCAGCGAACGUGGACGCUCGGACGCUGAACAGUAAUACGCCUCAGGCAGAGAAGGAUCACAUCUAUCAGGACCUAGCAACGGGCCAUCCACGGACGCGUCUCCUAUACGUAACGCCAGAGCUAUGCUCGGGCGACCACUUCAGGAAACGGUUGCUGCUCGUCUAUGAGCAGAGAGAGCUUGCCAGGAUCGCGGUUGACGAAGCCCAUUGUAUCUCGGAGUGGGGCCACGAUUUCCGGAAGGACUUCAAGCGGCUGUCGUGGUUCCGCGAGACCUUCCCUGACGUCCCCGUAAUGUGCUUGACAGCGACGGCAAAUGAACAAGUCAGGAAGGAUGUUCUCAACACUUUGGGUCUGGACAAGACGCCAGGCAGGCUGAAAACUUUUACUAUGACGGCGUACCGGCCAAAUCUUCAUCUGGAGAUUCGAUUUACCAGCGACGAGGCAGACGAUCGCUUCGGAGACUUUGUGGGCUGGUUACAGGGAGUCUACGAGCGCCGUCGGUCUGAAGGUCGCAAGGAAGAAUUAGAGGCUAUGGGCCAGCGUGUAGAAAAUGUGCCAGGCAUCAUCUACACUAUCUCGCGAGACGAGUGUGAAGCUCUUGCUGCUGCACUCAGACAAGAAGGCAUAGGAGCUCGUCCAUUCCAUGCAAAAUUGGCGAAAGAAACCAAGGAAGAGACCUUGGGAAGAUGGAUCAACAACGAGCCGGGCUAUGAUAUCAUCGUGGCCACGACAGCCUUCGGCAUGGGGAUCGAUAAGGACAACGUUCGCUUUGUCGUCCAUUGGCGGCUGCCCAAGUCUUUCGAGGGAUACUAUCAAGAGGCAGGCCGCGCCGGGCGAGACGGCAAUGCAAGCUUCUGCUUCCUUUAUUAUAGCAGGGAAGAUAGGGAUCGGAUUGCCAACAUGAUUGCGCGGGAGGUCAAGGACGGAGCAAAUCGGGACGCUCGUGCUCGGAGCUUGAAACAGCUGACCGACUACUGCGAAAACACCAGUACUUGCCGGCAUGCUAUGAUUUGCAGGUAUUUUGGAGAGACAGAGACCCCAGCAUGCGAUUAUGCGUGUGACUGGCACAAGGAUCCCCAGGGCUUGAAGAAAAGGAUGGCAAGAGGCUUGGCUAGCGAGGAAUUUGUGAGCACCCAAAAUGGCAUGGGUGCAUACGACGGAUACUAUGACGACCUGUAG